GCGUGUGAAUUUGUUUGAUUCCAAUGACCGUUAAAAUUUAAUCAAGACUAUUCAUACGAAGAGGGCACAAUGUCAUCAAGUUAUAUCGUUGAAAUCGAAAGAUGAACACUUCACGUAACGCUGACAUUUUCAAGAAACGUAAGAGCUGUUCCCUGUUUCGCAACGUUAAGUGCGCUUUAGGUUACUUUUUUAAAUGGAAAGCGUAACUGUUGAAAUGCCGGCUUCGUGUUCGGAGACGACUUUGCAAAUGAAUGGGACAGAAGAGGCAAUAUCUUGUGCAAGUGGUAUCAAUGACACGGAUUUCGAGUCCGAGGAACCUUAUGGUGGAAGCACUCCUCAGCAAUCUUCUGAAAAUAAGCGUAUCGACAAUUCGAUAUUCAAUACUAUUUCAAAGUUAGUCAACCGAACUGCAAAGGUUCCAGAGAUUCAGGAUUUCAAGAUUGUAAAACCAAUAAGUAGAGGAGCAUUUGGUAAAGUUUUCCUAGGAUACAAGAAAUCAAAUCCUGAUCAAAUAUAUGCCAUUAAAGUUAUGAAAAAAAACGAUAUGAUACAUAAGAAUAUGGCUUCCCAAGUUGUCAUAGAACGAAAUGCAUUGGCUUUAACUCAUAGCCCAUAUUGUGUUCAGCUAUUUUAUUCGCUUCAAUCUGUGAGCAGCAUUUAUUUGGUGAUGGAGUAUAUGGUCGGUGGAGAUCUCAAGAGUUUGCUGGGAUUCUAUGGAUAUAUGGAAGAGAGUAUGGCUGCGUUUUACACAGCUGAAGUAACGUUAGCUUUGGAGUAUUUACAUUCUCAUGGAAUUGUACACAGAGAUUUAAAACCAGACAACAUGUUACUGUCACGAGAAGGGCAUGUUAAGCUCACCGAUUUUGGGUUAAGUAAGAUUUCAAGACUGCACAGAGAUCUUGAAAUCUCAGAUCUUGUAAACUGUACACCGAGUUUAUGUACUAGAACUCCUGGACAACUUCUCUCCUUGACGUCGCAUCUAUCUUUUGGAUCUGGUCAGAAGUCAAAUGACUCGAGUCAAUCAAAUCAACUGGAUAGCAGCAGUAGAAGUAAUCCUGCCGUUAAUUUGUUACCUGUUUUGCAACAGAGUUCUAAAACAGUUCCAUCACCUAACUCAACUGUCUCAUCAGUAGGAACGUCAGGUGAUUAUUCAAGGGUAUCUGGAAUUACUCCUUUUCAGUCAGCUGACGAUUUAAGUUUCUGUAAGAAUGCAGACAAGGAAUCAAGAAAAAAAAUUCAACAAAUGGACAACAUUUCUGCCAACAGUACCAACUGUAGUUUUCACACGUGCGAGGUGUCACCAGAAGUGUCUCGAAGUACAAAUAAAACAGGAGAGGAAGAUGAAUCGACAUUGGAAGCGGAAAAUUCGCAACAUCCUGUUGCUGCAUGUAUGAGUCCACCUAGUAAUUUAACAAAUUCGUUUUCAAGAGGGACAAAAAGGAAAAGAACUGCUGCUUCAGGGUCAACAGGUUUAACGAGAGAGAUCUAUCUCAUGGAAUUAGAUGGUGAUUUAACUCCAAAAAGAAAAAAUCGUGGGACGAUGUUUUCUUGCAGGAGUCCAGUGCCUAUGUCAAUGGGAACUCGAACCAGGAAAGACAAAGCUGUUGAAACUAAUGGCACUACUCAGGAUAAUGGGUCCGGCGGUCGAGUCGCAUUCAGCACACCGGUAUCAUCCUUGAAACAAAAAAAAGAAGACGAUAAUCUUUCUACGUCUCUGGAGAGAAGAAGACGGAGAUCAGAAGAUGACAAACCUAUUUCCAUAAAAUCAACGAGAUUUAAUUUAUCUCCACCAUGUAUAUCGUAUUCUGCCCCAGAUCUACAGUUGGAUAGUAUACACGAACAUCGAUCACCUCCAGGAAUAUCACCGAUUAAAACCCCAGCAGCAUCCAUUGGAAGCUACACUCCAUUCAGAACUCCAAAAUCAGUAAGACGAGGUACUCAAGGAGGUAUCCAACAUUCGGAAGAAAAAAUUCUAGGAACACCGGACUACCUUGCACCAGAAUUACUCCUACGUCAAGGUCAUGGCCCUGCUGUCGAUUGGUGGGCUCUUGGGGUUUGCCUUUUUGAAUUUUGUACCGGGGUGCCGCCAUUCAAUGACGAUACGCCGCAGGCGGUGUUUGCGAAUAUCUUAGCCAGAGAUGUUCCUUGGCCCGAGGGCGAAGAAGCCCUUUCAAAAUCAGCUGUCGAGGCUAUCGAUGUUCUUCUUACGUUAGAUCAAUCUAUACGUCCCUCAGCAAAAGAUGUGAGAACGAUGUCUCUCUUUAAAAACUUUCCUUGGGAGGAGCCUCAAAAAGCCACACCACCUUUUGUUCCACAGCCUGACGACAACUACGAUACAUAUUACUUUCAAGCUCGGAACAUACUUCAGCAUCUUAAUGUCAGUAACUGUGAUACCUGACGUUGGUGUUUUCCUUUUCGACCGAUGCAGUCGACGAUUUAUUACCGUACAUGGAGCGACAUGCAACGUCAAGGCCAACUGUGUUACGCUGUGUAAUUUUAUAUUUAUAUAUGUACGUGCGUAUGUAAUAUAGUAUCGUAGAAUGGUG